GGCGGUGAGCUCAGGUGAGGAGCAGCACAAGAGUGUCCGAGGGCACUCUUUGGCUGCGUGGACCCCCAGGACGGGGGUGAAAGGAGGCUGGCUGGAACGUGCCCUGCCGCAAGCCGGGCAAGGAUGAGGCGCUUCCUGAGCAGAAAGGGCCGCUUCUCCCUGCGCCAGAGCAAGUCCGGGACCCGAAGUGCCUCCAAAGAUUUCUACCUCGGUCUCCCCGCCACCAAUCAGAACUGGCCAGAGGCGUUUGGUUUCAGGCUGGGUGGCACUGGGCCCAGCUACAUUCUCUCUGUGGUGGAGGGCAGCAGUGCCUACCUGGCUGGCCUACAGCCCGGCGACCAGGUGGUGGACAUUGAGGGCCAGGAUGUGACCAACCUCAGCACACCGGCACUAAUAGCCCUGGCUCAGACCCUCAAGACUGUCCCACCCAGCAUCGGAGUGGUGUCACGGCUUGAACAGAUCGACAUCACCCCUGGCCCUGAUGGCCGUUUUGGAUUCACCAUCGUUGGAGACAGCCCUCUGAUGGUGGAGGACUGCAUGCCCAGUGGUCCGGCCGGUCGCAGUGGCCUGAAGGCCGGGGACUACGUCAUGGAGGUCAACGGCAUCCCAGUGAAGCAUCACGAAACGGCGGCGGCCAUGAUCAAAGCAGCUCAGGGUCGGCCUCUGCGUCUGGGCGUGCUCAGUAUGGCCCGGCGACCAAAGCGGUUAAGCAGCAGCAUGAGGGUGUUGUCACAGAGCGGGGACAGCAUCAGGGACAGUCGCGCCCACAAGGCCAUGGAGUUCAAUAAGAAGGUGGAAGAAGUGCUGGGGGAAGAGCCAGAUGUGAAGGAACAGCUGUUUGAGGUGCUGAAGCAGUACGCUGCCGAGAGGGAUGUGGAGAGUCUUGCUGAGGCGCUGCCUGACAUCCUGAUCACAGAGGAGCAUCAGCAGCUGAUCGACAGCGUCAGGAUCUUCAUUCCCAAGAAGCACCGGGAGCGUUUUGACGAAGUGGUUUCCCAGAGCCUGAUGAGCCGGCUUAAGGGGCGGAGCUUCAGUGACCCCAGCCGCAACCGCCUUCGCCGCAGCCGGAGCGAGGAUCACCCUGAGCGCCUCCUGGUUUCCACCCGCGCCAGCUCAGUGCCACGCACCCACGCAGAGGAAGGCGUGAUCCAACCAACCAGGGGCAUGAGGAAGACCACCUCCCUCAUAGCCGGCCACUCCAGUGGCAGCACCACUAACUGCAGGACGGUGAGAGUGUGCAAAGGCAACAUGAGUUUUGGCUUCACUCUUAGAGGUCAUGCGCCAGUGUGGAUUGAUUCCGUCAUCCCUGGAAGCCCAGCAGACAAGGCAGGUCUGAAACCAGGAGACCGCAUCAUGUUUCUCAACGGGCUGGACAUGAGGACCUCCUCCCACGAGAAGGUGGUGUCCAUGCUGCAGGGCAGUGGUGCCAUGCCCACUCUGGUAGUGGAGGACGGUCCGGCCACUUUCGCCCUGUCAGAGCAGGACCUCGCAGGAGGUGGUGUUCCAUCAGAACGUGCCCGCUCCCCUGUGCUCAGCUCCCUGCAGUGGGUGGCGGAGAUUCUGCCUCCCAGUAUCAGGGUCCAGGGCCGCACAUUCGGUCAGCAGCUGGAGCACCUGCUGACCAUCCAGGAGAGGUACACCAUCUGCAAGGCUUUGGAGAACUUCUUCCAGCACAGGAAUGUUGACACUCUGAUCGUGGAUGUGUUCCCGGUGCUGGAUACUCCAGCCAAACAGGUGAUCUGGCAGUUUGUUUACCAGCUGCUGACAUACGAGGAGCAGGAACACUGCCAGAGCAAGAUCUCACGCUUUCUUGGAUUCAAAGCGCCAGGUCCCGAGGCUGCUCACGAGCCCCAUCGCCGCAGCAGCUCCAUGAGAGUAACGGGGACCACGUACAGGAGCAGUGUGAGGGGACGUAGUUCUGACGACCUGGUCAUUGGCACACACUUGGGCCUGGGCCUCCGUGCAGAGCCAGUGCUGGAGACAGGGAUGAGGUUGGCUCCAGGAGAGAGACAGUCAGGUGAUGGUACCUCCCUCCCUGAGACUCCUAACAACCUCACCAAUCUGUCGGCAGUGUACGCUGAGCUGGAGAACAUGUAUUCAUCCAAGAGGUCCAAGUCUCUAAAGAGCCGCCCUCCUCCCGCCCCAGAGAGUUUGCUGGAUCUGGAACCUCCUUCGCGCUCAGCUUCCCCCACAAUGCUCGCUAACACAGGUAGCCGUAAAGGUCCCCCGCCACCUACAUCCUGGCAGGAACCUCUCCCUAGCCCCCCUCAGGCUCAGUUCUACUCAUCUGGGCUGCCCAGCCAGACCAGCGGGGAGUCCAAUCCCUACAUCAGCUUGGACAGUCCCCCACCUUCACCCCCAGAGACGGCUGACUACCCAUCCAGUCCACCACCCCUUCGCAGUAGCAAGCGGCGCUACACCUUCUCCAAACCACCGCGUUCAGAAGACACAGAUCGCUUCCUGGAUGCACUGAGUGAGCAGCUGGGACAGAGGGUGGCCAUCAUCGACGACUUCCUGAGUCCUGAGAACGACUAUGAGGAGGAUGUUGUGCAGAUGGGUUUCCCAGAUGAUGAGGAUGAGGAUAACGAAGAGGAGCUGGGAGUGGAUGAAGAAGAAAGUGGAGGAUUUGUGGCCCCAGAGCUGAGCAGCCCGAGUGACGUUCAAAGCAGCAGUGGAGAAGAAAAUGCCUCCUCUCUCACCUACUCCUCAUCCUCUGACCACAUCCCUCCUCCCCCCAUGACCCCUCCUCCACCUCCACCUGUUCAGUUCAAUGACCUGCCUCCUCCCCCUCCAGCACCUGCACAGCCUCAGCACCAACAACAACAGCAGCAGCAGCAGCAGCAGCAGCAGCUUAACUUCACCCCUGAACACUCCCCAAGAGCAUAUGUGCCCAUUCGCCGGAAAUCUGGACCACCUCCACCUCCUCCUCCCCGCAGUAAUCCACCAGCGAAGCGGCUCUCUCUCCAUAAAGCACUACCCACAAGAGAGGACUUUCAGGUACAUGCUACCAUACUAGAGCUAAAAGCCUACCAAGAACAACAAGCUUACCAGGAAAGACAAGCCUAUGAGGAGCAACAAGCAUACAAGGAGAGGCAGGCAUAUGAGGAGCAGAAAGCCUAUGAGGAACAACAACUGUUUCAAGAGCAGCAGGCCUAUCAGGAGACAUUGUUCAAAGAAAGACAAGCUUAUGAGGAGCAGAAAGCAUACGAGGAGCAAAAAGCUUUUGAAGAGCAACAACUGCACCAGGAGCAACAAGCCUACCAAGAAAGACAAGCAUACGAACAGCGUCAAGCCUACCAGGAACAAAAAGUAUACGAACAGCGCCAGGCCUACAAGGAGCAAAAGGCAUUUGAAGAGCUUCAAGCCUAUCAGGAGCGCAAAGCUUACAAGGAGCAAAAGGCUUUUGAGGAGCGUCAUGCCUACGAGGAGCAGCAAGCCUAUCAAGAGCAACAGAUGCAACAGAUGCAACAGAUCUACCAGAGUCACCACUCGAUGCCUACCCAGCCAACACAGCAAAAAGCCCAGUCACCACUUCCUCACCAAUCCUUACCCCUACUCCCUUCUCCAGACUCUACCCUUCACCAUGCCAACCAUCCUCUCUAUAUGAUGCGACAAGCACAGCAGCAGCAGGCCCACCCGGGUCAUCACCACCGACGUCUGUCUCGUUCAGCUCCUCCUCCACACCAACCGCCACCCCAACCGUCACCCCAACCGUCACCCCAACCGACGGCUCACCCAGGCCAACAAGCUCAGUAUGCUGAGGGAAUCUACCAAAGCCACCAGGGCCUAAGAACCCAUCCCCACCAUUCUUCAGCUGAGAUGCUCCACCAGAUGCAUCAAGCCCCAGCCCAUCACUCCUCUGCUGAGAUGCUCAACCAGUUGCAACAAUCUCAGGGCCACCACUCAUCUACUGAGAUGCUCCAGCAGAUGCAGCAAGCCCAUGCCCACUACUCCUCCUCAGAAAUGCUCCACCAAAUACACAAAACCAAGGGACAUCAUUCUUCAACAGAGUUACUGAACCAAGCUCACCAAAUGCAGCAAAUACAGCCUCACCACUCCUCAACAGAACUUCUCCAUCAAGCUCAUCAGAUGCAUAGGGGUCAACCACACCAUUCCUCCACUGAGCUGCUCCAUCAAAUGCACAAGGCCCAGGCCCACCACUCCUCCACAGAGCUGCUCCAUCAAGCCCAUCAGAUGCAUCAACCCAUGCCCCAUCACUCCUCAACAGAGGUUCUACAUCAAGCCCAGCAGGAGCCUGGCUCCCUUCCUGUUCAGCUAAAACGAGACAGUCACUCACACCAGAGCCGCAGAAGUCUUAAAGGUCAUCAUCAAACCCAAGUGUCCCCUCAAGGGAGACACCAAGAGCAGCAGAUCCACCAAACCCAUCACCCCCAACCCACCAAACCCUCUCCCCAGAGACCCCACUCUAUCCAGCAGACCCACCACCACUCUAGCACACCUCAGAUUCACCACAUCCACCAUAUAACCCCACAGCCCCCUCCGCAGGACUACCAACACCAGAUUCAUGUCAUCCACCCUCCACAGCAGACCCACAGGCCCCAGCCUCUUCUUUCUACCUUUCAGCCCCUCCAGCCCCAUCAAACCACCCUGUCCACAUUCCAGCCUCUUCCCCAACACCACAAGCUGCAGCACCAAGUCCAGUCCUCCACCCAAGCCACUCGCCCACAGUCUCAACCCUCGCAUCACCUGCUGCAGUCCCAAAACCAGCCACAAUCCCAGUCAUCCCACCAUAUACAAUCCCAUGGCCAGGGUCAGCCCCAGUCCCUCCCGCACUCUCUGUCAGAUCCCACGGAGCACCUGGAGCCCCCUCCUCCUCCGCCCCUACCCCCACCUUGCUCUCCUCCACCACUGCCAAGGCCUAGUCUGUCUAGAAUGGAUUCCAACCACAUGAGUGUGAAGCGGUUACGCUGGGAGCAAGUGGAGAAUUCAGAGGGGACUAUCUGGGGACAGUUGGGAGCAAAUUCUGAUUAUGAUAAACUGCAUGACAUGGUAAAGUAUCUCGAUCUGGAGCUGCACUUUGGGACACAGAAGAGCUCCAUGCCUGCUCCAGAACCAUCUCUCCUGCCAGAAACCUUCAAGAAGAAAGAUGUGAUAGAAAUUCUGUCCCAUAAGAAGGCUUACAAUGCCUCCAUCCUGAUAGCCCACCUGAAGCUGUCUCCUGCAGAGCUGCGUCAGGUGCUGAUGAACAUGGCCACUGAUAGGCUGGAGCCGUCGCACAUCAAACAGCUGCUGCUGUACGCCCCCGACACAGAGGAGGUCAAAAAGUACGAAGAGUACAGACAGGACCCCAGCAAACUCAGUGAGCCAGACCAGUUUGUGUUGCAGAUGUUGUCAGUACCAGAGUACAAGACGCGCCUGGAGAGCCUCCUCUUCAAGUGUUCCCUGCAGGAGAAGACCGAGGAGUUGAGGGGAGCGUUCGACUGUAUCAGCAGGGCCUCCAUGGAGCUGAAGACCAGCAAGAAGCUAGCGAAGAUACUGGAGUUUGUGCUGGCGAUGGGAAACUACUUGAAUAACAGCCAGCCGAAAACCAACAAGACCACUGGCUUCAAGAUCAACUUCCUUACAGAGUUGAGCACAACUAAAACUGUUGAUGGGAAGUCGACAUUUUUGCACAUUCUGGUCAAGUCGUUGUGUCAACACUUUCCUGAAGUGUUGGAUUUUUCCAAAGAUCUAACAAUGGUUCCACCUGCAGCCAAAGUAAACCAGAGGACGAUUGCAUCAGAUCUAAAUGACCUUCAUGCAACCAUCCAAGACAUUCGCUCAGCCUGUCAGAAGAUGCCUGCGACUGCUGAUGACCGUUUUGCUGUUGUCAUGAGUAACUUUUUGGAAAACAGUCACCCAGCGAUUCAAUCUCUGGAGUCCCUGCAACAGAGAGCAAUGGAAGAAUUCAGCAAAACUGCGUCCUACUUUGGAGAAGACGGCAAAGCCACCAACACCGAAGGCUUCUUUGGGAUCUUUGCGGAGUUCAUGAACAAAUUUGAGAGAGCUCUGAGUGAUCAUCAGGCUGCAGAAAACCAGAAGAGUCCUCGGAGUCCACGAAUGGCCUCCCCACUGGCCUGGUAACACACACACACACAGUAUACACAUUCUGUACACUGCACAAAUACACACACAUACACAACACUCAAUGCACAUUUUUGAGCAAUAAAAUACAGUGUAUAAUAUAUGUAUGUACUUUUGGUAACAUUCAGUGAGACAGUAUGUCUUUGCAUCAAAUAUGGACAAUAUUGCAUUAUACCAGUGGUGCAGUGUAUGUGUCCUUUUCAUAAUAAGUUUUAUUGUAGUCUAAAGCUUUAAGACUUUUACAUAGAACACAACGUUGUUUGGCUGUCAAAAUAUCUGUACUGUUAAAAAGAUACAGUUCCGAUAAAGUUUUCUUUCUAUAAUGGUCACCUCUGUAAGUGCUGUAUAAAAAUUCUAAAGUGUAAAACUUUAUGAUAGAUCCUUAAAUAAGAUGAUUUAUGAAAAUUAAAUUGUAUCCUGAAAUAGAUGUUUACUUCAAAUAUACCCACGUACAGUCGUUUGUUUGGACGAAUCCACAGAUGCAGUUUCCCUAUUAGUGAACUGUAUUUUGUACGAAGCCCACCACCCUGAAUGUAACGUAGGUUCUUUACUGAUUAACCGUAGACUAUUUUCUCGAGUAAAUAAUCAAUUACAUCCCAAUGAUAGAUUGUUUAAUGUGCUGUAUCAUGUUUAUACCGCCACUUAUAAGGAUUUUCUUACUGCAACAGGUGUAGCUUUAAUAACUUUCUAUUCCUAAAUGGUUUUGCUCUUGUAUGAUACCGCCAAUGCUACAAACGUGUACAUAUGAGACAAUGUCAGUGGGAUGUUGGCACUUACUUCUUGAGACAAUUUCAACUGUCGUAAGGAUCCUUUUUAUUUUUUUUUAUUCCCGUCAGUCACUGAUAAGAAGAGGUGGGAUCAUGUGGCGCCCACAGUGGGCAGUGUGCAAUAUGUUUCUAGCUGUUCUCUGCUGUUCUACUCCUUUGACUGUAACAGCAAUACCUUGUAUUUGCACUGUACAGAAUGAGAGAGAAUGUAUUGAAAACGUAUGCUACCAUAUAUGACGAACUUCUGUGUAUUAACCAAAAUAUUUAUUUCAUUGUGUUACGCUGUACAGACUGAGCAGAGUGAUUAGUUUAGCGUAAGAGAUGCAGAAUCAUGGAUAGUUCUCAACUAAUGAUGCAGAGUCACAUCUCAGUUAUACAUCAGUGAUUUGUAAAAGUCUAUAGGUGAUAUUUUAAAUUGUUAAGGUUAAUCAGUGCAGCUAGUGAAAGCUCUGUUUUCUUAUAUAAGUUGUCUUCACAGAACAUCUAAGGCCUAUAAAGUGUUAUGAAAGUCUAUAAAGUCAGUAUUUUUUAUUUUUAAAUAUAGAGUCGUAUCAAAUCUAUCUCUGUGUCUG